AUGUAUGACAAUGGAGUAUGGCAUAAUGUAUGCACUGAGGAUUUCACCUGCCCACUUGAAAUAGCAGAUAUAGAAAAUAGAAUUAUUGGGAAAGACGUUACGUUUAAUGCAACAUAUUAUUUCGGGAAUGCCGCAUUUGUACCUGGUACACGUCACUAUGAGUAUAACGCAAUACUCGCAUCACAAAUCGACUCCAUUAAAAAGAAUGAUAUAGGGACAGACGCUGUGUCAACAGACAAUUGUCAACGAUGUGAGGUCAAUGGAAUAGAAGACACAUUGGUCCAAUGCGUUUGUACAAUAGUGGAUUGCCCAUCAGCCAUCGCCGAGGAAAUCGAGUUAAAAUCGUCACUUCCUGAAAAUACAUCAUCACGUGAUAGAAUGUGUUUGAUUCGCAAAGAUGAUAUGUAUACCAUCUAUACGUGCCAAUACUACUCGGAUGAUCCUGAUAUGACUGAGCAUGUGAUUCAAGCUAGUACAUAGAAUGAUGAGAAUUAAAUAUCUUUAUGCCAGUUAUGAAUAGUUAAAUAUUUUCAAUUGCGUAGUAUGUGACAACUUUUUUACUGUCGAUCACGUGUGUAAUUUGUAUUCAUG